UUCUUUCUUUCUUUCUUUCUUUCUUUCUAUCUUUCUUUCUUCCCUUCUUACCUUCUUACGUUAAUUUUUUAUGCCAUUCUUACUUUUGCCCGAACUUUCUUUCUUGCCCUACUGUUUCACCCAGACGUGUCCGCUCACUUUACUCAAUCAUGUUAAACGGGACAUUUGCUUGUUUUUCGUUGAUCACAGCGUGUCCGACACACAAUGAGCGAGGAGUAAAGGAGAAGGGGAACGGGUCAAAUGGCAUGUUGGCCGAUCGUUUAUGUGUUCCCCUAGAGGGAUAUAGCCUGGGCCGGGCGCUCUGGACCUUUUUACAUUCUUCAGUUAAGAGAGUUUCCGUUGUUAAAGUCGUACUAAGCAGAGACGUUUCCCAGGGUUUCUCUCACAUGUUUACCUGCGGUCUGACAUGUGGGUGUUUAACCGCCCUCCUGGUCUCUGCUGCCUCUCUCCUGGGACCUGAAUACCAAGGGUUUAUGCUUUAGUGCCCUCUAAAAAAUCACAAGAUCACCUCCAUAUUUACAUAUACCUUCCAAACCUUAGCUAUAAGUUUAUACAAACCUCAUAUAUUGUAGGGUGAGUCUUCUGAAUGUAGUUUGGUACCUGGUCUUUGGCUUUUUAACCUCAUGUAUAAUUGUACUUUAUACAUAUAUGUAUAUAAAUCUAUACAUAUAUAUAUAUCAUAUGAUUAUAUAUAUAUAUAUAUAUAUAUGGGUACAUAAGAAUAUUCAAGUCAUAAUUCAGUUCUAAAGCCCAAAUUUACCCCGGAGGAAAUACAAAGCAAUAAAUAAGUAUGUAGAGAAAUACCUCACCCUAACUUUAAGUCUAUAUCAUGAAGAUUUAACAUACAUCCAGCUAUUGGCGAUGAAAACUUUCUUCUAACAGCUGGCUGUAGUAUAAGGAUAAUUUACAUCUUUGACUCUGAUCCAUUCAUUCCAAUACAAAGUCAAACACUUGAGUGCUAGUUUUAGAAGCCAUAUCUCUUGGCAAUUAUAAGUAAUAGCAUCUGGUAUUUAUCAAGCAGUACUUCAAAUUCCUCAGCCUUGCUGUGGUUUGAAGCAAUGAUCCGCAAACCUUUAAAGGAACUCCACUUAGCAGAGAAUGUAAAUAGUGCAACACAGCACAUUUUCUCUGAUUGGUGCAAAUAAGUUUUUCUAAACCAAUCCUACAAUAUCACAAAAUAAAUAUUUUGUGUGUUUAUAUACACUCAGGGAUACAUGGCCAUAAAGGGUCUAAUGGCUUCCUUAGAAGACCAGUCAUUUAGAGGAAGGGAAUAACAUCAAAACGUCCGCCAUCUUGAAAUGAUUCAGAGGUGUGUGGGCGUUUGGCAGAACGUAGUCAUUAGCGGAUUCCAUUCAUUUUAUUUAUUUUUAUUUAUUUUGUCUGUUGCAACUCUUUCUCUCUCUUCCUUUCUCCCUUUGUGUGUGUGUGUGUGUGUGUGUGUGUGUGUUUGCGCACAUUUACAGACAGACAGACACAAUUAAAUACACAAAAAUAGCAUUUGCCGGUUUUAGCAAGACAAGCAAAUGUAAAACACACACAUACAACCACAAUAAACCCAGCACAAAAAUCGAUUAUGUUUGUUUUUGGCAAAGCUCACUUAUUAUAUACAAAACCAACCAACACAAAUGUAAACAACCCCAUGUAGUGCAAAGCCUCAGUUCCACUCACAUGAAUGUCCAAAAUCCUCACCAUUUUCACAUCUGCAAAUGUUUUCCCUCAUCCAUUAUUCCAUUGACCGCCAUAUGACCAUCUCCCAAGGCCUCCACCGCUCCACGAGAACCAGAAAGCACCGUUCAAGCCCCCCUAAUCCCCCUCAUCAUCCAUUACACUGCCCUGCAGCACAGGGCCCACUCUCAGUAUGCCAGCCCCUGUUUAUAAUGAAUCUAUGAGCGACAAAUGGACAGAGAGCGAUGAAACAGAGAUGGGGGAGACUAAUAAUAGCAUCCAUUUACCAGAGAGAGAGAGAGACAAUACGAAAGAGAGACAAUAGGAGAGAGUGACAAUAGGAGGUGCAGUUAAAUAGGCGGACCCAUCCAAUCUUUGUCUCAUCUCCUCCCUGCAUCUCACUCUCUGCCUCAUGGUCCGUCCAAACUCUUUGUCUUCCCGUCUAGUUGUGUGUGAAAUCGCAUCACGAUGCCUGAACAAAUGCAAGAGAGGAAAUCCAAGAUCUCAGCUUCAAGGAAGCUGAUGCUCAAGAGUCUGAUGGUGGCAAAAGCUAAGGAGGAGCUGGAGCAGGAGGUCAUGGUCAAGGAGGAUGAAAAGGACAAGUACCUGUCAGAGAGAGCUCCUCCACUUCAAACGAGUGGCAUGACCAUCGGCCAGCUACAGGACUUGUGCCGAGAGCUUCACUCCAAGAUAGAUGAGGUGGAUGAAGAGCGCUACGACAUUGAGGCCAAAGUCAUGCUCAACACUCGGGAGAUCAAGGACCUGAACAUCAAAGUGCUGGACCUGAGGGGCAAGUUCAAGAGGCCCAGCCUGAGGCGUGUCCGGGUGUCGGCCGACGCCAUCCUGCGCUCCCUGCUGGGCUCCAAGCACAAGGUGUCCAUGGACCUCAGGGCCAACCUCAAGUCUGUGAAGAAGGAGGACACUGAGAAGAGGCCGGUGGAGGACAGUGACUGGAGGAAGAACGUGGAGGCCAUGUCAGGGAUGGAGGGCAGGAAGAAAAUGUUUGAUGCUGCCAGUGGCCCCGCCCAGUGAGGGACCAGCCAAUCAGAAGGGAAGGAUGUUGGUUUUAUACAACACAUGGCUGACUGGAAGAGUGACUGACGAAUAGAACUCAGCAGAUCCAUGACCCUCUUUUUGAAUUUUCCAAACCUAUUUGUUUUAUUUAGUGCUAUUUACAGGAGAAGUGAACACUGAACUAAGAUGAUUUCCAACCAGAGGGUAGUCAUAUAUAUGUGAGCGAUGUCAGUCUAAUAUUAGCAGUCAUUGUUUGAAAUAUGAGAAUUCCUUUUUUCUGUUCUUGUUUUUGUUAUUUAAGAAAGAUCCAACUUGCUUUUACUGUAAUGAUCAAGUUUGUAGUUGCACAUUGUAAUGGAAAUGUGUGAGUUUCAAUAUGUGCAUCUCCACUGAUGCCAAAAUAAAAAAAGGUCAAAAGGAUCAAA